UAUAUUUUAGUUGACAAAGCAUAUACGAUUGUUUGAUCAAUUUUGUUUUCAUAAUUUCAAUUGUAAAAUGUUUGAAUUGUAAAAAAUCGACCGUAACUAAUUGGCCAAGAUUGGUCGUUGGACUGAUUAUUUAAUUGUUUGAAUUGCUAAUUACGGUGUAUAUUCUUUUACCGCUAAUUUCAUAACAAUGUUUAAAUCGUUGUUAACCGCAACACGACCAAAGGAACCAUUAAUUUUAAAUCAUGAUCCGAAAAUUUUUGUUAACGAAUGUAUUGUACAAUAUUUGUUGACACAUCAAGUAAAUGGCGUUCGAUUUUUGUAUCGUAAUUACAAAAAGAGUAAUUCAUGUAUUUUGAACGACGAAUGUAAUUCAGGGAAAUGCUUUCAAUGUGUUGCAUUCGUUGAUGCAAUUCUACGGACAUCAGCAUCAAGUCGUAUCUUAAUCAUUUGCCAACGUAAACAAUGUUUAGAGUAUUGGCAAUAUCAUAUAGACUGUUUUUUAGAAAAUGUAAAUGCCAAAAUAGUCGAUAGCAACAAUGAUACGCAACAGCACAAUACUCUUCCCACAAAUGGUGCUAUAAUCGCAUCUUUGGAUCACGUUCUGAAUCAUUCGUCGAUUUUCACAACGAAUAAAUUCGAUUGUGUAAUUGUACAGGAUCAAAAUCUACAAAUAACAAACAACAUCUUCGAACAGAUCAAACAAAUCGAGGCUACAUCAAAAAUUGUACUUUGCAGCAAUGAUUUGAUGGAUGAUCUGUCGUACUUCUAUGAAGUAUUAAAAUUCUGUGAUCAAAUGUCUCCAUUGACACAAGCGAAUCGUACAUUAACGCUUGACGAAUUCAAACAGAAAUUUGGCUGCACAGAUAAAAGUGUUUCAAAACGAAAUCGAAUGUUUAGACAGAAAAAUUUAUUAAAUGCAUGCAACGAUUUCUACAUACGUCGACUUACCAAUCAGUUUGGUUCACAAUUUCCACCAGUUUCAAUUGAAGAUUUUCUACAUGAUUUUGGUGCUUGGAAAACGGCACAUUUUAACACAGAAUCGAUCACACCAAAUGUGAACGACACAUGUUCAUCCAUUGAAUUAUUUUCAAAUUUAACGAAUCAAUCGAUUGCGUCCACUACCAAUGGGGAAUCAUCAUUGCUGAAUACCGCCUAUGCGGAUUUAUGUGAUUUCGACACCCAAAUGUCACCAUUAGUUUAUUCCGAUUCGGAUAACGAAGAUGCAACGAAUCAUGUUCAUGAUUCAUCAAAUACGGCUAGCCAAAGAAUGAUGACACCAGAGAUUGCUUGCAAUCAGGAGCAUGCUGCACGCGCCAGAACACGUGCAACGGCCAAAGCGUCCAUUCUUGCAACUGCACAAACACAUACGACGCCUAUUAAACGAACGAAUCGAACGCAUAUUGAACGAAUAUCACCCGGUGGAGCAAACAAACGGCUGAACUAUAAAAAAUUACCGAUUCAAAUAAAUUCGAUAGCCAAAUCAGAGCUCAAAUCAAAAACAUACUUAUUUCGGACGAAAAAACAAUUGCAGGCAAAUUCGUCGAAUUCGAAUGAUAUCGAAAGUGAAUAUUUAUUCAAACCAUGCCGUACCCAUACUACACGUAAACAAAGUGCAUCAUCAAGCACAUCUGACGUUCAAAUCAUGUCACAAAAACAAAUGACACCCAUUGUAAUCAAUUCAACACCGGAAGAUGAGCAAUCACAACCACCGACCAACAAUCAAACCGAAUUGGAAACUGAAUUUAACACCAUUUGUCCGUCGCCUGAUUUAUUCACGAGCUUUUCGAGCGGAAAAUCGGAUGUAGAGAAAACUAAUAGCCAAGAAAAUCGAUUUAACGAAAAGGAGAAUGAGACUGAAAGCGUAAAAAUUCGCAAUGUAUUUGGUCCACCGGAUGAAUGCGAUGAUAUUGAUCUAUUAUCGAAUACAAAUGUGGAUGUUUUUGAAAUCACCAAAAAUAGCGCAUUCGAUAAUGUUUUGUGCAGUGCUGAUGAUAGAAUAACACCACUAAAACGAAGUCAAUCAACAACGAAAAAUCCAAGUCCAGUUGUUAGUUGUUUGAGUGGAUUACGAGUCAUUUUGCCUCGGCUGAAUAAUCAACAAAUGGAACAAAUCCAUAAUGAUUUGUCGACGCCGACUGAAACGCAGAUGCCACAACCAAAUCUAUCGGAUUCCGAUGAUGUGAUUGAUUUAACACUAAAUGAGUCACAGCGAACUAUUGAAAUAAAUUCCGAUGAAAGUUGUCGAAUUCGUGAGAAAACACCGGAACGAAAACAAGAACUAACACCAUCGACGCGAUCGUGUUUAAAACGAAAUGGAACCACGGAUGAAACACGAAAAAAAUCACCAUAUUCACGGCUUGGUUGGUUAACAUCGUCGAGAAGAACAAUAUCGCCAAGAGGUGAAACACCACAAUCACGACGACGAUUAGAUAAAUGGCGUCGAAGAACCGACGAAAGUAAUUUAAAGGCAGACGAAGUUGCAAAAUUAUCACGACCACGAAAUCUGUUCAAUGAAUUUAAGUCGAAAAGUUCAGGUCGGAAAUCACGAAAUGAUAUACCAUCAACGAGCACCGCAAGGAGUCCAAUUAUUUUUUCAGACCAGGAAUAAGCAUAAUAUAUAUUGUUUUAAUAGAAAUUACCUUCCUUUUUCACAUCCAUUCCCAUUUUAUUUUAAUGUUGAAAUAAAACCCAUUCAUGUACAAGAUGAAAAGUAGAUCGAA